CACCACCAUUUCUGAACACGGCCCAGGAGGAAGGAGCGGAACCUCUGCAUGACAGUGCCCCCAGCUCCCAAGCCCUCUAGACGGUCCAGAAGGAUGUUAUGGUCGAUGGUGUCAAAAGCCGCUGAGAGAUCCAGCAGAACAAGGAAACAGCUCUUACCUUUGUCCCUAGCCCGCCGGAGAUCAUCAACCAGUGCGACCAAGGCAGUUUCAGUCCCAUGAUGAGGCCUGAAUCCUGACUGGAAGGGAUCCAAAUGGUCCGCUUCUUCCAGGCGUGCCUGGAGUUGUUCCGCAACCACUCGCUCAAUCACCUUGCCCAAGAAUGGAAGAUUUGAGACUGGGCGAUAGUUGGCCAUAUUGGCCGGAUCUAAAGAUGGUUUUUUAAGAAGCGGUUUAAUAACCGCCUCUUUCAGCGGGUCUGGGAAGGCUCCCUCAUGGAGAGAAGCAUUUACCAACCCGCGAAGCCCAUCGCCCAGCCCUUCCUGGCUAGCUUUUAUAAGCCAGGAUGGGCAAGGAUCAAGGAGACAGGUGGUUGGUUUCAUUCGUCUAAGCCAGGGGUUCCCAACAAAAUUUUCCCGAGGACCCCUCAUCGAGCCGCUAUUGUGACAAGGACCCCCAUUAAUUCCUAAUCCUAAAAUUAAAAAGUGAGAGCCAAAUUAAGAGUCUUUUUAUAUUUUAUAUUUAUAUGUUUUUUACAGUUCUUCCUCUUCAUCUGUAGGCCUUUGUCGUUUUAACGAACCACUUUUAAAGCAACGGUCCAUUUUUAACUACGCGAACUGUAGCUUCCAUGAAAAACAACGCUUUGUUUACAAACACUACUGUUUUGCAAAUAGGCAACAUGCGCCAGGGAGGAGGGAGGGGAAUGGAGAAGACAGGGUACCUGCGCAGUAGCGCACAAAUGAAGCUGACGCGCGCAAAGCAUCUUGGGGAGGUGAGCGUUAGUAGAAUGGGCACGCUGCCUCUUUGCAAAACAGUAGUGUUUGUAAAGCGCCACCUAACGGCAUACAGCAGAACUACUGCCUCUAUCUAAUUCUAGUUUUGCGCUAGACUCUGCUCAUGCAGGAAGUGGCCAAAAUAAAAAAUCUGUUAUACGAAAUAUAUUUAAUAUAUUUUUUUAUUCUAAUAGCAUCUUGCGGACCCCUCUGGCAUAGCUCGCGGACCCCUGGGGGUCCCCGGACCACCUGUUGGGAACCACUGGUCUAAGCAGCCUGUCCACAUCCUCGGAGGUAACAGGUCUUUAUACCUGUUCCACACAUUAAAGAGGGUUUUUCUAAUAAGAAAACAAAUAGGAUUUCCUCCCCGUUUUGCCCUCCAAAGAAGACAAUGGAGAAGGCCGCCAGAAAUCUGGGGGGGCAUUUCAAUGCAAAUAACGAAGAAGCCAUUAAAAAACCAUUUCAAUGCAUGGAGUGCGGAAAUAGAUUCAGUCAGAGUGGAAACCUUAGAAACCAUCAACGGACUCACACGGGGGAGAAACCAUUUAAAUGUAUUGUGUGUGGAAAGAGCUUCAGUCAGAGUGGAGAACUAAGAAGACAUCAACGGAGUCACACGGGGGAUAAACCUUUUGAAUGCAUGGAGUGUGGAAGGAGCUUCACUAUUUUUGGAAACCUUAGAAGACAUCAAUGGGAACACACUGGGGAGAAACCAUUUAAAUGCAUGGAAUGUGGAAAGAGCUUCAGUCAGAGUGGAGACCUUAAAAUUCAUCAACGAACUCACACGGGGGAGAAACCAUUUAAAUGCAUGGAGUGUGGAAAGAGCUUCAGUCGGAGUGGAGAACUAAGAAGACAUCAACGGAGUCACACGGGGGAGAAACCUUUUGAAUGCAUGGAGUGUGGAAGGAGCUUCACUAUUAUUGGAAACCUUAGAAGACAUCAAUGGGAACACACUGGGAAGAAACCAUUUAAAUGCAUGGAGUGUGGAAAGAGCUUCAGUCAGUGUGGAAACCUUAGAAACCAUCAACGGACUCAUACAGGGGAUAAACCAUUUAAAUGUAUGGAGUGUGGAAAGAGCUUCAUUCAGAGUGGAACACUAAGAAUUCAUCAACGGACUCACACAGGGGAGAAACCAUUUAAAUGUAUGGAGUGUGGAAAGAGCUUCAGUGAGAGUGGAAAACUUAGAGAACAUCAACCAACUCACACGGGGGAGAAACCAUUUAAAUGCAUGGAAUGUGGAAAGAGCUUCACUAUUAUUAGAAACCUUAGAAGACAUCAACGGGAACACACUGGGGAGAAACCAUUUAAAUGUAUGGAGUGUGGAACGAGCUUCAGUCGGAGUGGAACACUAAGAAUUCAUCAACGGACUCACACGGGGGAGAAACCAUUUAAAUGCAUGGAAUGCGGAAAGUGCUUCUGUAGUGGUGGGCAACUGAAUUCACAUCAUCGAACACACACAGGAGAGAUGCCAUUUACAUGUAUGGAGUGUGGAAGGAGCUUCACUUAUAGUGGAACACUAAGAAUUCAUCAACGGACUCACACAGGGGAGAAACCAUUUCAAUGCAUGGAGUGUGGAAAGAGCUUCAGUCAGAGUGGAAACCUUAGAAUUCAUCAACAGACUCACACUGGUGAGAAACCAUUUUAAUGUAUGGAGUGUGGAAAGAGCUUCUGUACGGGUGGGCAACUGAAUUCACAUCAUCGAACACACACAGGAGGGAAACCAUUUAAAUGUAUGGAGUGUGGAAAGAGCUUCAGUCAGAGUGGACUUCUUACAAAACAUCAACAAAUUCAUACUGGGGAGAAACCAUGUAAGUCCUAGGGAAGGGGAUAGAAGUUCAGUUGUAGUGGAAGUCUUACAAACCACCCAAAGACUCUGAGGGGUAAGAGUUGUAAGAGUGGAAACGCUACAAGCCAUGAAUAAACUCAAAGAAGGGCCUCCAAGUCCCAACGGCUGUUCGUGGGGCACAUGCGCAGUAGCGCAAUCCCACGGACACAGGGACUGGACGCAGAGACACUUGGAUAUUAUUAUAGAGGAUAGUAAGCAUAAUAUAAUAUUUAAUGUAUUGUUAGAUAGGGAGGGGGAGUGUGUGAGUCUGGAGGUUUUGCUUCUGAAUGAGGAUGGACUGAGGGUGAGCUGGUUUUGGUGUUUGGGGGAGGGAGUUGGAAAUGUUUGUAUCUGGGAAUGGAGAGUUGCACAAAGUGGAGCUGAGAUUGGAGGUGUUGCUCUGGAAGCAGAGUUAGAUAAAUAUUAUAGGAAUAGCAGCAUCACUCCAACUGUUAUCAUUGCAAUGAUGCAACCAUGAAGACACACAAAGACUGAAAGCACCUCCUUAUAUGCCGAAGGUAAUCUUGAAACCAUCAUCUAUUCUUUUGAUUUGUAGAUAUAUUGUGUAUUUGGUGGCAGGAGAAAUAAAAGGGGUACGGUGGUACCUCUACUUACGAGUAACUCUACUUACGAAUGGAGCUCUGUCCGCCAUCUUGGAUGCAUUUAGAUAGGGUUUUUUCUACUUACGAAUUUUUUAGGUAGGGUUGCUUCAACUUACGAAUUUUUUCUCCCAAUGCAUUCCUAUGGGAUUCGACUUACAAUUUUUUCGACUUAUGAAUGUGCGUUUGCAACGCAUUAAAUUCAUAAAUAGAGGUACCACUGUAUUUAGUGGCAUAAGCAGGAAAGCCUCUGUUCCUAGCUGCACGUCUUGCAUGAGGAGGGAAGGGGGCACAGGGAAGAAGGGGCCGUACCAGAGCAUCUCAAAGCAAUGUAAGGAUGAGUCUACUGUGGAAGGAGGUCCAGGCAGGUCCCAAAGCGAGAGUGCUAAGGGUCAACGUCCUCCAACUCCGCCAUCUGCCCCAAGGCAGGAGCCCCCUCUGGGCCCUGAGGGUGGAAAGCCUCCCUCCACCUUUGCAACUGGACAUGAUCCGAGGGCAGUGAUGGCGAACCUUUUAGAGACCGAGUCCCCAAACUUCAAAGCAAAACCCACUUACUUAUCACAAAGUGCCAAUGUGGCAAUUCUGCCUGUAUAUCCAUUUUUUUCCUGUUUGUUUCACGUUUCUUCUUUAUGACGACUGUUGUAAUAAAUAAUCCUUCAUAAACGUUAUUGCAUUCUAUUCUUCAUUAAAUUAUCUUUCCACUGAUAUUUAUAUUAUGGUAUAACUCAGUUAUAUGUUGGAAAAUGGCGUUGGAAUGAGGGAGAUUGCUAGAAGGAAUGAAUUUCCAAGCAUGAUAGGUUUUCUGAAUACAAACUGCUUCUCUUCUAGGAUACAAUGUUUCCCAUUCUAAUUGGUUUACUAGGUAACGAGGUUUCGAUCUGCAGCCACUCCCUUCUCCUGUCAAAAUCCUUGAGCUGGCUCUGCAGAACCAAUGCAUUCUCCUGGUUGGCUAGAAUGGAGCUUUCUUCAAAGACGAGCUUCAUUUACAACUGCAAACCCAUGGGAUCGCUUAUCGGGGUUUGAGGAGGGAAAACCAAUCUUUCUUCAGGAGGGGGUCUGGUGUGUUGCUGGGGUAGCAUAAUAUUGGAGCGAAGGCACAGGACCGGUCGGGCUCCCUUGAGGGCAUCGGUCCAGCUCCUGUCAGGUGCAAGUGAGACCUUGUUCAUGUGCCCCCUCCCCCCGUCCUGUCAUAGAAUCAUAGAAUCAUAGAGUUGGAAGAGACCACAAGGGCCAUCCAGUCCAACCCCCUGCCAAGCAGGAAACACCAUCAAAGCAUUCCUGACAUAUGCCUGUCAGGCC